CAAUGAGAGAUUUUAGCCUAAAGAGCCAAGGUGUAAAGAUUGGGUCGGUCUUGAUCACAAUAAAGACCGACUCAAUACUAUGAUUAAGGUCUUCGUUCUUGGUCUUCGUUUAGCUCUUGCUCUUAUCUUCGUUCUUCGCCUUGUAUAUUCAAUGUUCGACUUGAUCAUGGCGGUUUGGCAUUAUCAAAACCCUGUUACAAGAACGAACACGGCUUUAGAUAUUUAAUGGCAUCCUCGGCCUCGUUGAAAGUUAUUUCCUUCUUCCGAUUUCAAUCUUGGAACCCCUGCUCUUUCGUUAGAUUCUCCUUCCUUAAUUAUGGCCAAGUUGUUUUCCGAUCUGUAUGGACAAGUUGAAUUCCAAUCUGUAUUUCGAUCUGUAUGGACAAGUUAUUUUCCGAUUCAAUCAACAACAACAACAAGAAGAAUAGUCUCCUGCUCUGUUGCCUUGUCAUUCCAUUAAUUGAAUUUCAGCUCUUCAGCUUCUUAUUUUGCUUCUUACCUUUCUUUCAGGAUUUUUUCACCAUGGGUAAAAGGAGUUCACAACGAAAAAAUGCUGCCAUGUUAGAUAGCGAUGAGACAAGUAGUUUUAGUUCAUCAUCAUCAACGGCUCAAUCAGAUAUGUUAAUGUGUAGUGGCGAGGAAGUUCAGAUAGACAAAGAAACAUUUCUUGAUCAAUGUUUGGAUUCCCUUUACGAGAAACGGGGAUCUACUAGAGAAAAGGCAUUGACAUCAAUGAUUGAAGCUUUCAAUAGCAUUGUGCACCAUGAAUAUGUUGAAAAGAAGUUUGCAACACUUCUGGACCGAUGUCUUAAUUCAAUUAAAAAGGGAACUUCAAAGGAAAUAGCAUUGGCAUCCCGUUUUAUUGGACUAUUGGCUUUAACUACUGGCUGUGGGGAUAGAGCACGAGAGAUAUUGGAAGAGUUGGUAUGUCCUAUUUCAGAAGCUAUCAAAUCUCCUGUUGAUUCUCUUAAGAUACAAGCGCUAGUGGACUGUUUGGCCAUUAUCACCUUUGUUGGGGGUGAAGCACCUGAAGAGACUAAUAAGUCAAUGGAAUUGAUGUGGCAAGUCAUUCAUCCAAAAUUGGGUCCUAAUGUUUCUUCUGCCAAACCUUCAUCCCCAAUUAUAACGGCAGUAGUGUCUGCAUGGUCUCUCCUCAUCACUAGCAUGGAUGGAUGGAAACUUGAUUCCAAAUGUUUGCAAGAGUGCAUUGCUCACUUCUCCACUCUGCUAGACAAAGAUGAUAGAUCUGUAAGGAUUGCAGUUGGGGAAGCACUUGCUUUGAUUGCUGAACUAGGGAUGCUGGAAAAUAUUGCUGAUGAAGCUAAUAAAUCUAGUGACAUCUAUAUAGAUGAAGGGAAGAAAUCCAGAGAAUUAGCACAUCUUCACGGAUUAAGAUCUAAAGUUUUGAAUCAAGUCAGAAGCCUUUCAAUAGAGGCGGGAGGCAAGGGGUCUGCCAAGAAAGAUCUAAACAGUCAAAGAAACACGUUUCAGAAUGUUCAGGAGUUUCUUGAGUAUGGAUGUAGUCCACAGACAUCUAUGAAGAUUGGUGGAGACUCAUUAGAAACUACUACAUGGAGUGAACUCAUCCAGCUGAAGUUCAUAAAACGUUUCCUUGGGGGUGGAUUUGUUAAGCACAUGCAGGAGAAUGAAUUUCUUCAAGACGUUUUCAGUUUUACACCAAAGAAACAAAUGUUUCCUGGUGCUGUACGUCGCAUUACUCAAACUGAAAAGAGGCUAUGUAAGUCACCAAACUCGGUCCUUAACAAGGCAAGAACUCGGUAUCUGAACCAGCAAAGGAUGCUAUCUCAGGACAGAGAUGUUGGUCACUACACAGCUGGUGGUGGAGAUGAAGCCUGAAUGACUUGAGAGCUUCUAUGGGGCUUGUGGCUAGCCAAACCUGUAAGGGGCCAUAAUAUUAUAAUUCAUAUAGGAAGAUGGUGAUAAAGGGGUAGCCAUCAACUGUGUGUAGCCAUUUGUUGUUGUAAGUUUAUAAAUUUUAUCAUUACAUAACUACUAAGAACCUCGAGUAAUAAAUUCUUAUUUCUUUAAAGUUUUCAUCCUUUGUAUGUCUUCAUUGUCAUGUCUUCUCCAUUGUCUUGAGCAAUGAGGCUAAAAAAUCUUUUGCAAAGUG